CUUCAGGCAUAUCUCCUUAGAAUUGCGUGAUGAGUGAUGAUUUGGACAUUCUGAACAGGGAGAUUGAGAGGUUAUUACAAAGCAGCAUCGUGGAAGAAAGCACUUUAAACUCAGACUGUCUUCAGGUAUCAGCUGCAGACUCCUUGGAUAUAGCUACUGAUUUGGACAAUGGAGCAAAGUACAAAUUAGUGAAGGAGUCUACUUCAAAAGAAGGAUCGAUGGUGUCUGUGUCUCCAUGUUCUUAUCAGAAUGAACCGGACACUUCUGAAUUGUCAAAUUCAGCCCGUGCUUUAGAGAUUAUGCUGAAUGACACUGAUCUGUUGCUGCCCUCCUCUGGCUGUCUUCAUUCAGAUCUACAGGGAGAAACCAUCCAAACCUCUAAUGCUGUGUCAGAGUUGCAGUUUGGGAACAGUGGUGUUCCUGCUAUGGAACAAGCUAUAAGUUCAAAGUCAGUGACAGUUGAAUCUGAAUCUAAUCUUGACAACAUGGAAAACAGUUCUCCUGCGUCAGCUUUAGACGAUAAAGGUGAGCAAAGCAAUGAGGAGGAACAAAAAGCCAUCAAGCCCACAAGUAAGGAAUUCAAGAAAACAUGGGGUUUUCGAAGGACUACAAUUGCUAAGCGAGAAGGUGCAGGAGAUAUUGAUAUAGACACUAGUGAGCAACAACCGCAGCAGCAGCAAAACUUGUCCCUCCGACGUAGCGGACGGCAACCCAAGCGCACUGAAAGAGUGGAAGAAUUUCUUACAACUGUAAGACGUAGAGGGAGGAAAAUUGUUCCUACUGCACUUGAAGAUUCAAGUGAACCUGCAUCCUGUCCAGUUACAGAUGUUGAGACUGCCUCUGAAGGCAGUGUAGAGAGCACCCCAGACGUAAAAACUAGCACUCAAAAAAGGGACUCUAGAGAUGAUAAGGAUCAGACUGUCUCAAAAAACAGAGGUGGAAAAGAUGAUGAUGACACUUCUGAUAGUGAUAGCGAUGGAUUGACUCUGAAGGAACUACAGAAUCGUCUAAGAAAGAAGCGUGUUGAACAAAAACCUGCAGAAUUGACACUGAAAGAGAUACAGAACCGCCUUAGGAAAAGACACCUUGAACAGAAUCCUGCAGAAACAGGUAGUCCCCAGGAAGGAAAUCAAGUGAAGGCUGAGGUGCCUGUUAAACAAGAACCCGAAUCCACAGACUGCACUGAGAUUGACAGUCAAGUAGAUGCAUCUGAGGAGCCUACAGAAGAACUUCAGGUCAAGAAAGAAAUAAAACCUCCCUUGGGAGCAAAGGUGAUCAAAGGUGAAGAGCCUGAAGAAUUCAUGAAAAGCAAACCUGAGUCUGAGAUUUAUGAUCCAAAUACACUCUACUGUAUCUGUCGCCAGCCUCACAAUAAUAGAUUUAUGAUUUGUUGUGACAGAUGUGAGGAAUGGUUUCAUGGUGACUGUGUGGGGAUUUCUGAGGCUCGUGGGCGGCUGUUGGAAAGGAAUGGAGAGGACUACAUCUGCCCAAAUUGCACCAUUCUGCAGGGCCAAGAUGAGACCAUUUCAGAAGCAGACCGACAAGAAGCUAAGUCAAGGCAAUUAAAUAUUGAUGGCACAGAACUCACAAGUAUUGGCAUAGUCGAACAGAAGUCUGUUGAGGACCAAGGAAUCAAAGGUCGGAUUGAAAAAGCUGCCAAUCCAAGUGGGAAGAAAAAACUCAAGAUAUUUCAACCUGUAACUGAGGCUCCUGGUGCAUCUAAAUGCAUUGGUCCUGGCUGUUUUAAUGUGGCUCAGCCUGAUUCUGUGUAUUGCAGUAGUGACUGCAUUCUUAAGCACGCUGCAGCCACCAUGAAAUUUCUCAGUGCAGGCAAAGAUGCAAAACCAAAAGAGAAGAUCAAACCAAAAUCUGAAAAAUCAACUGUACCAAAACCUCAGCCACAGGCAGGUAUUAAACCUGUGUCCUCCCAGAAGAGACAGAUUCCUGAGAAAAGAGAGAUGAACAUGAAGAAAGCUGUGGUGACAACCCCCAAGACUGAGGCGAACACUCAGCAGGUUGCUAAAGAGCCAGCCUCAGAAAACAGCACACCGUCCUGGGCAAGCGAUCAUAAUUACAAUGCAGUAAAGCCAGAAAAGACUGCUGCCAUUUCAUCUUCACUGUUGUUCAAAUCUCAGAAGGAAGAGAAGAAGAGUGAAGAGAAAGCUGGAGAAUCUGGAACAGCAUCAAAGAAAAUGGUGACUUCAUCUGACAAACCAACGUCUUCCAUGUCUAAAACUUUUCCUCCAAAGAAGCCCUCAUCCUUUGCUGGUAGCUCACUACCUAAACAUCCAAUUAAACACUCUGCUGCAGGAUUUAAAGGUGUUAUUCCCAAGAAAUCUUGGUCUUCAUCAGGCAGUGUUUCCUCUCCAAAACAGUCAUCAGUUCCCCAUGCUUCAUCAAUUUCCAGAAAAUCAACUGCGUCUUCCAGCUUUGCUGGAGGCCUGAGAAAACCCGCAAUGUCCUCUGCUUCUGUUUCCGCUGCAUUUGCAACUGCACAAGCAAAAGCAGCAGCCAACACAAUUCAGUCACAACCCAACUCUCAAAUUCGACAAAAUAUUCGACGAUCUCUCAAAGAGAUUUUAUGGAAAAGGGUUAAUGAUAGUGAUGAUCUGGUCAUGACAGAGAAUGAAGUAGGGAAGAUCGCACUAAAUAUUGAAAAGGAGAUGUUUAACCUGUUUCGAGUUACAGACAACCGAUAUAAGAGUAAAUAUCGCAGCAUCAUGUUCAAUCUCAAGGAUCCAAAAAAUCAGGGUCUUUUCCAUCGUGUUCUUCGUGGAGAAAUUUCAUUGACAAAGCUAGUGAGAAUGAAGCCAGAAGAGCUUUUGUCUAAAGAACUAUCUGCAUGGAAAGAGAAACCAAUCAGAUCAAUUAUGGAGUCAAGAAGUAAAUCUUGUGAAAGUAAAAAAUCAGCCAUAAAACAAGAAACAAUACCAGAUGUGAAUAUGGAAGAUUCUCCACCAGUGUCUGAUUCUGAUGAACAGCAGGAGUCAUCCCGAGCUGCCGUGGAUCAAAACAGUGCUCCCUCUCUGGAUGUUUUCAGCAGUAUGUUAAAGGACACGACAAGUCAGCAUCGAGCCCAUCUUUUUGACCUGAACUGCAAGAUCUGCACGGGUCAGAUUUCAGCAUCUGAUGAUGAACAAGCACCAAAGAAAUCAAAAUUAUCAGCAACUUCUACUAAAAAGAUGGAGCAAAAAUCAAAAUCAGAAAUGCAGCCAAAAUAUGAAAGUUCUACACCAAUGACAACUGCAGAGCCUGAUAAAGAGAGAGAACCUGAAAAUACAGUGGAAUCUGAACUUGGAUCUGGAACAGAAACGGUCUCUCAGACAAAUUUGGAAAGAACUUACUUUCCUGCAACACAGGGACAGAAUAAUACAGAAUCUUCUCUAUCUGAAGAGUCCUCCAUUUAUCCUACUUCCUGUCCUGGAGGGGUUGUCACUACUGUUACUGUGUCUGGCAGGGACCCCCGGACAGCAAUGAGCAGUUCUUCGGGUUCUGCAGCUGCAGCACUGCGUUCCAGUCCUGCACCUGACAAAGUUUCUGCGGGAGAAACAAAACAGGAAAUACCAAAAUCUGUUUUAACAGCUCCCAAAUCAAUAUUAACAAAACCAACAUCCUCACCAGAUCCAAGAUAUUUGACUGUUCCGCAGUCACCGAAUGUCAAUGUCACAGAGGCACGGUCACCUCAGGAUGGAGAUACUUCCCUCUUUCUCUCUCGUGUCAGCACCAUUUGGAAAGGAUUUAUUAACAUGCAAACUGUGGCAAAAUUUGUCACUAAAGCAUACCCUGUCUCUGGGUGUUUUGAAUAUCUUAGUGAGGAUUUACCAGAUACAAUUCAUAUUGGUGGGAGGAUCUCGCCGAAGACAGUCUGGGAUUAUGUUGGCAAGCUCAAAUCUUCUAUUUCUAAGGAGCUGUGUUUGAUUCGUUUCCAUCCUGCAACAGAAGAGGAAGAAGUUGCCUAUAUUUCUCUCUACUCCUAUUUUAGCAGCCGUGGUCGUUUUGGUGUUGUAGCUAAUAACAACAGACACGUGAAAGACCUCUACCUGAUCCCACUGAGUGCUAAGGACCCAAUUCCAUCCAAACUCUUGCCCUUUGAGGGACCAGGUCUCGAGUCAUCUCGUCCAAAUUUAAUUCUUGGUUUAGUGAUUUGUCAAAAAGGAAAACGCCCUGCCUCUGGCUUGGAGUCUGAAAAAGUAGAGGAAAAGCGAAGCAGACUUCAAGUACAGGAAGAAACUGAUGUACCAACAUAUUCUAAAGCACCUGUAGCUUCACUGCAAGAAAAGAAACUUCCAAAAUAUGCAAUUUAUUCUUCAGAUUCAACUGCAAGUACAACACCACCUGGAUCUCCACCACCUCCACCCCCGCUUCCCAUUCCAGAGCCAUCUACAGUCACACCUUCAGUGUUAAAAAUAUUGUCGUCAAUUAAAAGCGGAACCUCCUCCCCCAUGACACUGCCACUUCCAACUACAGCAACUGCAACAGUCACUGCCACAACUGCUUUGUCUUCUGCAACUUCUUCAAAAACAGCCACACCUCUUGAGCACAUCCUGCAGACACUUUUUGGGAAAAAGAAAUCUUUUGAAUCUGCUGCCAAGGACUCUGAAACUGUGCAGUCUUCGAAUCAGGAAGCUCAAGCUACCAUUGGUGAAGGAGUAUCCGCUGUUCCUUUGUUAGACCCAAUUGUACAGCAGUUUGGGCAGAUGUCGAAAGAUAGAGCCAUAGAAGAGGAGGAAGAUGAUAGACCGUAUGAUCCUGAAGAAGAGUAUGAUCCAGAGAGAGCUUUUGAAACAGAGACUGGUGAAAGUGAAAAACUGUAUGAUCUUGAAAAGCCCUCUGAAAUAUCAGAGCAAGAGGAUGAAGCCUAUGAUCCAGAAGAUGAAACUAUCCUGGAAGAAGCAAAAGUCACUGUUGAUGAUUUACCUAAUAAAAUGUAUGCUGAUGCUAAAAGCAGUGUUUUGGAAACAUCUGCCCCAUUUGUGCCCGAUAUAGCUGCUACUUCAUCCUUGGUAGAACAGCAAAAAAUGCUGGAAGAAUUAAACAAACAAAUUGAAGAGCAGAAAAGACAACUGGAAGAACAAGAAGAAGCCCUAAGGCAACAACGAGCAGCUGUUGGUGUUUCAAUGGCUCACUUUUCGGUGUCUGAUGCUUUAAUGUCACCCCCACCAAAAUCAUCCAUAACAAAGACUGAGUUAUUCCAGCAGGAGCAACAAACUGCAGAAAAAUCAGAUUUACCUUCAUCUUCCAAUCAGCAGGCACAAGUGGUGAACCAGGGCUGUGACCCAAGACAAAUUAGAGAUCCACGACAGGCAAGAAGGAUGGUAGCAGAGAACAAUGACAGUGCUGAUUCUCGCAUGAAGUCACAAAUAGUACAUAAUGAGCUAUCUACAAGAGAAAUACCUCCAGCCAGUUAUCCAGGUUCAUUGCAGACUUCACUGGGCAAGGAAGAUAAAACAUUAAUUUCUCCUGCUCCAUCUGGUUAUGGUGAGGAUAAGUGGAUUCCGAGUGAAAAACCCCCUACGUUGUCUCCAAAAGAUGCACCUAACAUCAAAUUUGAGAAAACGUCUCAAGUUCUUCCAGAAAUUGUGAAUCAAACAGCUUCUGGAGAAACUUCUGCAGCAAAACCCUUACGUAAAGUCCUGCUUCCAACACCUCCAAGUACAUCGCUUCAGCCUAAUUUCCCUCUGUCAAAUGAUGGUCAGUCCUUGCAAGAUAUGCAUAAAGCACCAUGGUCAAAUGAGUCACAAGACAUUAAUUCCUCAGGAGGAAGGGAUUCGUUUUCAAGCACAAUGUUUAUACCUCAGGAAAAGCCAGCUGGUCACUUUGAACCAGAGAGGGGUAUGUCUUCAUCACAGUAUGAAGAUCAAAGAAAUGCUCAAUCCCGUCAGUUUGCAGAACAGAAUGAAACUCCUUCUGUUCAAAAUGAGGGAGAAAGAGGAUCUCUUCCCCAACACUUUGAAGAAAACCGAGGAGGGCCUCCAUUCCCUAUGGCUGGGCAAAAAGGAGUGCCUCCACCCUUGAUGUUUGGUCCACCUCACGGACCCAAUUUUCUAGGGCCAAGAGGACCAGCACCACAGUUUCCAGAAGAGCAUGGUGCUUCUACGAAUAAUGAUGGACAAAGAGGACCUCCACCAGGCAGGUUUGGAGGCCAAAAAGGGCCUAUUCCUUCAUUAUUUUCUACACAGCAUGGACCCUCGCCUCUUUUUGGUGAUAAUAGGGGCCCUUCAACUUCUUAUAUUGGUGGUCCAAGAGGAAUGUCACCAUCUCAAUUUGAAGAUCGGAGGGAACCUCACAUGGAACAGAGGGAAUUCCCAGAUCCCCAAUAUAAUGAGAUUAGGCCCCCGGGACAGUUUGAAGGACCAGAACCGCCUCAGUUUAUGGGCAACAGGGGAGGGCCUUCACCUUUUCCUUUUGGAGGUCAAAGAAGACCGCCCCCAUCUCAGUUUAAAGGACAGAGAGGGGGGCCCCCACCAUCUCAGUUUGGAGGGCCAAGAGGUCCACCUCCUAGUCAUUUUGGGGGACCAAGAGGCCCUCAUCCAAACCAGUUUGAGGGACAGAGAGGUCCAGCUCCAAGUCACAUGCCAGGACCCAGGGGACUUUUGCCACAGCCGUUUGAAGAACGGAGAGGGAGUCCACCAAGAUUUGCAAACCAGAGAGGUCCAGCACCACUUCAGUUUGGAGGACCAAGAGGAGCUGCACCAGCGUUUCCAGAACAAAAUGAACCUCCCCCUUCUAGAUUUCAUUUCCAAGGACAGUCUCCACAAGGUAUGAAGCCAACCCCUAGACCACUUCUAGACCUUCCAAGUCAUCCACCACCACACAGAAAGGAGAUGUGGGAUGAAGGUGGGCCAUCUACUUCGCAUUCAAAUCUUUCAGGACAAGGACCUGAAUCGGAAGCACAGUGGUCAUCGUCAUCUGAUUUCCGAGAGGGCAAAAACCUUGAAUUUAGAGGUCAGGCUUUCGAUGGAAGACAGAGAGAGAGAUUUGAGGGAGGAAAUAAAGAAAAGGGAUUAGAUCCACCAGAGUCUCAGCAGUCAGAGAAUCGACAAGGCAGAGGGUUUGAAGACAGGCGAAGGGAUCGAGAACAUGGCAGACCUUGGGAAAGAGACCGUGGAAGAAACUGGAAUAGAGACAGGGACUGGGAAAGACACAGGGACAAAGAUUGGGAUAAAAACAGAGAGAGAAACCAAAACAAGGAUCGGGAAAAGGAUUCAGAGCGGGCUAAAGAAUGGGAACGAAACAGAGACCGAGAGCGAGCCAGAACUAGAGAGAGAGAUUCCUACAGGAGGCGUGAUAGGGAUCGAUCAAGAAGCAGGGACAGGGAUCGUGAUAGAGACAGAGAUCGGGAUCGAAGCAGAGAGAAAGAUAGAGAUCGAGAAAGAGACCGUGACAAAGACAGGGGAAGAGAUCGUAAGGAUCGAAGUAAAAGUAAAGAAACUGGUAAGGAUUUGAAACCAGAACCACAAAAAGAAAGUCAAAAGCCAGCUGAAACAGAAGCGUCAUCAUCUUCCACUAAUCAGUCAUAGAAACAAUUUGUAAUUAGUUUGUACUGCAUAUAUAACAAUUUGACAAAAAAGAUAUAAUAGCAAGAACUGACAUAGCAAUUCCUGUAAAUACUGUAUAGUUUUAUCUUCACAAAAACGCUGUUCUAAAGCCAGCCUUACAAAACUUGUUGACAAAUGAACAGUUUUUGAACUGUGAGUGAAUAUAUUCAAAUAUAUAAAUAAGAACAUAUUGGACUUUCCCUUGCUGCAUUUUGUGCAUAAUGUUUUUCUUACAGAACUUCACAGCGUUAACUGUUCUGAAAUUUUGUUUUUUCUACUUGCAUCUUUAUCUUAAAAUUUCCAUUUACAAUUAUUACAGAAAUGGAAAAAGUCUACAAAGAGCAUAUUGCUUUUUAAGAUUAUAAAGUUAUGUUUUCCAGUAACUUGAACUGUAAUUUUAUAAGAGAAUUUAAUCAAGACCUUAGGAGCCAUACCUUUACAUCUCAUUUAUGUAGUGUUUCGGUGUAAAAAAUCGUUCCUACCGCACUUGCUUUACAAGAGGAGUCUGAUAUUGCUGUCUUGUGUUCUUACAAUGGAUGGGUUGUGUGUAUUUAAGAAAUGGCUGCAGAAGAACAGUGUUAUUACUUAUUUGCAACUGAUGGAGUAUUUGAAUAUGAUGUUAAGCUUAAAAGUGCACUAUCUUCCUUUUUAUAUAAAGGUAUUUUGAGUUACGGAAUCCAGCUAUCAAAAAUCCAGAUAAGAAACACGGGCUUCUAUAUAAAUAACUUUCAUGAGGCUGCAAGGUUUUAAAUGUCACUUUUUUGCAAACAUAUAUGACUAAAGCAAAUGCAACACCUCUAUAAUCAGUGGAGCUUUUAAAAAACAUCAGAAACACAUUGGCAAAGAGUUAAAGUUUGAAUACAUUGGGAAACCAAAGGAAAGAAAAACAAGUUGGUGAAAUAUGCUAUGAAAUCUAUUAGCCUUGAUUCAUGCGGAACAUUGUAUUGGCAAAACGUUGCUAGAAAUUUAAGAAUUUUUCCACUUUUCUGUCAUUUGUAGUCAAGAAGGGUGUUGCUCCUGAACUAAAAUGUCAGUGCUUUUCGACAGUUCAUAAUGAUGCUGGUGAUGUCUUUAAAAGUUGUCCGCAGGAGUAUGCAUAUUUGAAUAAAACUUGAAAAGGAAAAGAUGGUAUGCGUUGUAAUGCCAUAACCUAAGAGGGAAAGCAAUUCACUGUGAAAUGCAGUACACCGCUACUUCUCAUGUAUACUUCAAGUACGUCAUUCUGAAAUGUGAAAUAGAGAAGACCUGCUAAUUUAUUUGACCGUGUAAAUUUACAGUUGGGUAAAUAUUUUGAUAUUUUUAUAAAAAUAGUUUUGCAAAUGUAAAAUUAGAUUUUGAUUAACAUUUGCGCCUUGAAGUCUACGUUAAAAGUAGCAUGUAUCCCAUACAACUCACUACAGAUUUCACACUUUACAUUGGUGCAUCUCUGAAGUCCUUGCACACCCAAGGACUUGGCUGCUUGAGUGAGACCUGUUUCCUAAACCUGUAGUCAGAAUGUUUCAAAUGCAAAAAGGGGUGGUAUUAAAUGCAAACAUCUACUAUGGUGUAAGAUUUUUUUUAACAAGAUGUUUCUAAUUUAAAGACAUACCUAAAAGUAUGCAGAAAUCAAGCGUGUUUGUUUAGGUUGACUUGAUAGAAAUUUCUGUACAUUGUAUUUUAUAUUGCAAAAUAUAUCACUGUACAUUUAAAAUGUGGGACUUCACAGGUUUUUGUUACUGUAAGUAGAAUAAACACCUACAGAGAAAUGU